AUGAGGUUGCCGUGCCCGUGGAGGCGGAGGCCGGCGCGGCAGCAUGGUGAGGUGGCGGUGGCGGUGGCGGUGGGCACCCACCUCCACGUCGCGGCCGAUGACGAUGACGACGACGACGACGACGGCGCCGAGUCCACGGCGUCGUCGGAGCACAGCCACCUCACGCUGCCGGUGGAGGAGCCGGUCCACGUCUACGACGAGGCCGAUUCCGGGGACGGCGUCCACGCUCACUACGAGGUGGCCGGGUCCGGUUCGGAGGAGGAGCCGCCGAGCGGCAGCGAGAGCGAUGGCGAGCCGGGGGACGCCGGAUACCGGUCGAGAGGGCCCCGGAGUCGACACCACAGCCCGAGAGGGAGGAGGAGGCGGUGGCGAUCUGCCCGUGUGCCAGCGUUCGUGGUUGCCGGCACUGCCGGGGCGGCCAUGCUGCUCGUGCUCGCGGCGCUCGUCGUGUGGAAGAGGCGGCAGCGCGCCGGCAGCAGCUAG